ACUUCCGGCCCAGCGGCGCCCACGUGACCGCGCGCGCGGGGAGCGAUGGCGGCGAGGCUGGCGGGCUUCCUGCUGCUGUUGGGGCUCGCGGCGCCGGGGCCCGCGCCCGCCGCUGCCGCCAAGAUGAAGGUGGUGGAGGAGCCCAACGCGUUCGGGCUCAACAACCCGUUCCUGCCCCAGACUAGUCGCCUCCAACCCAAGAGGGAUCCUUCACCCGUGUCUGGGCCCGCGCACCUCUUCAGGCUUUCUGGCAAGUGCUUCAGCCUGGUGGAGUCCACGUACAAGUACGAGUUCUGCCCGUUCCACAACGUGACACAGCAUGAGCAGACCUUCCGCUGGAACGCCUAUAGUGGGAUCCUGGGCAUCUGGAACGAGUGGGAAAUCUCCAACAACACCUUCAGGGGCAUGUGGAUGAGGGACGGCGACUCCUGCCGCUCCCGGAGCAGGCAGAGCAAGGUGGAGCUUACCUGUGGGAAAAGCAGCCGCCUGGCGCACGUGUCUGAGCCGAGCACCUGUGUCUAUGCGCUGACGUUCGAGACGCCUCUCGUCUGCCACCCACACUCCUUGUUAGUGUACCCGGCCCUGCCCCCCGCCCUGCAGCAGCGGUGGGACCGGCUAGAGCAGGACCUGGCUGAUGAGCUCAUCACCGCCCAGGGCUAUGACAAGUGGCUCAGGGUGCUUUUUGAGGAUGCCGGCUACCUAAAGACCCCAGAACAAAGUGAAUCGGUGCUGGAAGGAGGCGCCAAGGACCUGGCCUUCCAGACCUUAGAGAGCUGCCGUGAGGCACAUAAAGAGCUGGCGAAGGAGCUCAGGAGACUGAAGAGCGUGCUGACCCAGCACGGCAUCCCCUACACCAGGCCUGCGGAGACUUCCAGCUCCGAGCACGUGGGCCCCAAGACACCCCCAGACGGGACAGCGGAGCCGCUCCGAGGCGACCCAGGACUGCAUGGGAACACCUUGUGACCUGAGACUGGCAGGAAGGGGAGGCAGGUGGGGGCCACUUCCUCUGCCUCAGGGCCCCGUGGGCUCUCAGGCUCAGCUCAAAGAGGCGACAGAAUAAAGAUGCAAAGUUUUAAUUCCUGUACUGAUAAAAAUAAUUCCAUGAAUCCUGUAAACCAUUGCAUAAAUGCUGUAGUGUAAAAAAAAUUUAAACAAGUGUUAACUUGAAACAAUUCACUACGAGUAAAUGAUUAUGCAUUAUA